UGAAAUUUAUUAAACAUGCUAUUUCUUUUCGUAAUAGGUAAUGACGAAAUAGCACUUAAAUCUGUUCCAACUGCAAUUUAUUCGUUUCUCAGAACUCUGAAACUGCUUCCAAAUUAUGAGAGCACAAAUCCAUUUGUUUGUACAAUCUACUUCGCAAUAUCAGUUGGGUUUGAUACUGAUACUAUUGCUACAAUGGCAGGAGCUAUUGCUGGUGCCUAUUAUGGAGAGGACAUGAUUCCAAGUAUUAUUAAGAGAAGAUGUGAUAAAAUAGAUGAGGUUGAGAAAUUAGCGGAUGAUCUACUGAAGGUUUCUCAAGCCUGAGUUGUUUUUGGUGAAUUUAUUACUGAAAGAGAAAGAGCAGAUACUUAAACUAUUAAGACAUUUACAUAUGUAUUUUUAUAUAAAUUUUGUUGUUAAAUAAAUUAUGAAACAAAUGUUUA